AUGGAAAGAUCCCAGGCAGCUGCCACCCUGUGUGGUGAGCUACCUCCCCUAUUUGGACUGCAGCUAGAACACCUACCCUGGUCUCAAGUGCCUGUGCUACGUGUACCACCAGCAGGUCCUGGGACUCUGCUUUAUUAUCCACAGGGCCGUUCCUCACCCAGUGCGGGCACCCGGGGUGAUCUUGCAAAAUGUGAAGAAGGAAAGAGGCGACGUGUAAAGGCACACUUGUGGUGGAGGUGUGCAUCUUGGAGUGUGGGGCCUCACACUCCUCCAGAAGGUUGCAACAAGGACUGGCUACGUAUGAACAGACAAGCCCAGAGGGCCGCCAUCUGCUCAGACCUGCAAACUCCUCCAGUACCCGGAGAAACCCGACUGGUCUACUGUGCACACCAGCUCACCACCUCCAUCAAAUACAGACUCAAGGUCAAGGACGGGUGGACAAAAAUUUGGGUUAUCUGGGGGUGGUUGUUUCUUCCACUCUGCCUUAUUCCUUCGACUGGGACAGAAAAGCCCUCAAGUCUGGGCAGCAGUGGCACUUGGUGUCCAGACCAACAGACAGAAGUACUAAGAGUUCUCUCAGCUGGUGACCACCCUCUCCUGAACCACUCAAGAAGCCUCAUCAAAAAAUUGUUGGAGAAAACUGGGUGCCCACGGAGGACAAACAGAAUACAAGGAGACUGCAAUCUGUGCUUUGAAUCAGAUGCUCUGAUACUAAUUGCUGGAGGAAAUUCUGAAGAGCAGCUCAAAGAGGAAGUUUUCCAAAGAAUUUCUCUCCUCCUGCUCUAUUACAUUAUUCAUCAGGAACAAAUCUGUUCUUUAAAACUCAACAUGAGUAAAGAGUAUAACUUUUACCUACACAGCCUCCUCAGUCUCAGGCAGGAUGAAGACUCCUAUUUCCUAUCACAGAAUGAGACAGAAGAUAUCUUGGCUUUCACCAGGCAGUACUUUGACACUUCCAGAAGCCAGUGUAUGGGAACCAAAAUGCUUCAGGAAAAGUCUGGGAUACAGACAGUCAUGACCAGUAGUCAUGGUGCUGAUGAAAAUACACUUCCUCAGCUGGCAGUCACAAUCAUUGCAUUUUCCCUCCAAUGUGUUUGUCUGGGACAAAGAAACUUGCCUCCCCCAGGCUCUUUUACAGACUAUAUUUUUAGUUCCUUGAAUAGUACAAAUACCCUCCACCUAUUAGAACUAGACCUCUUCCUCAACACUCUCUGGAUCAAAAGCACCUAUAACAGAAAAAAUAAAAGCCAUCAAAUUCUAAGUAAACAAAAUAACAUAACCAUCCAUGACUAGGGCUAUCCUAGUCCAUCUGUAUCCAUGGACCAUGAGUCACAAGAUGGUUCAGUUUCCUGGGACAAGAUUUGUUUCUCUGCUAGGCGGUUGAUGGAGCUAUUUCUACAGAACAGCUUUUCACCCAUUUCAAAGGAAGACUUCAUGCCAAAUAGUCCAGGAAUCCAGCAACUCCUCAGUUGCUCUUGCCAGCUGCCCAAGGACCAACAGGCAAAGCUGCCACCCACCACUCUAGAGAAAGAUGGCUACAGCACGGUGGCCGUGGCUCUGCUGACCCUGGGCUCCAUGCUCGGGACCACACUGAUCCUUUUCCACAGCUGUGAGGAGAACUACAGGCUGAUUUUACAGUUCUCUGUGGGCCUGGCUGUUGGGACUCUUUCUGGGGAUGCUCUCCUCCACCUUGUUCCUCAGGGUCUUGGUUUACAUAAGCAUCAGUCCUUGGAUUUUCACUUUCAUGAAAGCAAGGAUCAUAUUUGGAAACGUUUGGGAUUAACUGGAGGCAUCCAUGAAUUUUCCUUGAUAGAAAAAUGCUUUAUUCUUCUUGUAUUUCCAAAUACCAAGCAGGCCAUAUCAUUGGUGGUAGGUCACAUGGGACAUUCCCAACAUCUUGUUCUCAACUCAGAGGUAAGUGACAAAUCAGAAGGUAAAUCUGCUUCAUCUGUCCAACUGAAAGACCCAGAAGAUUCACAGGCAGCUGAGAUUCCUAUAGGCAGUAUGACGGCUCCUUAUAGAAAAAACAAAACCAUUAGCUUAUUAGCAAUAAUGGUACUGGUCGGAGACAGUCUGCAUAAUUUCACAGAUGGUCUAGUGAUAGGCACAGCUUUCUCGUCUUCAUCUGAGUUGGGUGUGACCACAACACUUGCUAUCUUGUCUGAAAUCCCACAUGAAAUGGCUAAGUGUGACUGUAGAAUCACUGUCAUUUGUGCUCUAGCUGCCUUCAUUGGCCUGUAUAUUCACCUCUCAGUAUCAACUGAUCCAUGUGUUCAAAACUGGAUAUUAGCAGUGACUGCUGGAAUGUUCUUAUAUUUAUCCUUGGUGGAAAUGCUUCCUGAAAUGACUCAUGUUCAAACACAGCGACCCUGGUUGAUGUUUCUCCUACAGAACUUUGGGUUGGUGGUAGGCUGGAUCUCUGUCUUACUCUUGGCUAUAUAUGAGCAAAAUAUUACAAUAUAA